AUGUCAUCGCACUCUUCCCGUCAAGCAGCAAUCGACCCUUGCGCACUUUCAGACUUGCGCAACCUCAUCCCUCCCCUCACAUCGGAAGCUCACAAGGGUCAAGCAGGCAGGGUGGGCAUUGUGGGAGGAAGCGCAGAUUAUUCAGGCGCUCCUUUCUUUGCUGCAAUGACCAGCAUGCGCUUGGGCUGCGACAUGUCCUUCAACAUCUGCUCGCCCGAUGCCGGUCACGUCAUCAAGACUUACUCUCCCGAUCUCAUCGUCAUGACUUUGCUGGGACAAGAAAAAAACGACGAGCAGCUCAAGGAUGUGCUAAGACCCAUCUUGGGAAGACUACACGCCCUCGUAGUGGGCCCGGGACUGGGCAGGGACAAGCACAUGCAGACUGCUGGCAGGAUAGCCAUCCAACUUGCCAAAUCUCAACAGUUGCCAAUCGUGGUGGAUGCAGACGGGCUUUGGUUGUUGUCGAAUGAGCCCAAUUUGCUAAUGGGCUACAACAACGCCAUCUUGACGCCCAACGUCGUCGAAUUCGGUAGACUGUGCGAUGCGCUGAACGUCGAUCGUUCCAAUCCCGACACGGACGAUGCGGUGGUUGCGCUGUCCAAACAAUUCGGCUGCACCAUCUUGCAAAAGGGCAAAGUGGACCGCAUAAGCAACGGAAAGCAAGUGCUGCACGUCGAUGCACCAGGUUCGCUAAAGCGCUGCGGGGGCCAAGGCGACAUUCUUUCGGGCUCGCUGGGCACUUUCAUAGCCUGGGCUCAAGUCUCGCCGUACAAGGAUCGUAUCGAGGCGGAGAGGAGACCGCUCUUGGCAGCUUUUGGAGCUGCGCUCAUCGCUCGAGCUUCGAGCAGGAAAGCGUUCGAGCGCAAAAAGAGGAGCAUGUUGGCUCACGAUGCCAUCGAUGAGGUCGGAAAUGCGUACGAAGAGUGA